AUGUGGACCUCGAAUAUUGAUUAUAGUACUGUGCGAUACGCACAAGAAUUUUUACAUCCAACAUUUUCAAAUGGCGCAAUGAGUGUCAGUGAAACAUAUGUUGCUUUGGCAAAUGGGUUUCUUGAUCCUGCUGCUCUAUCGCCAAUAAGAAUUUUCGAACAUAGCAAACAAUUUGUAUUACAACGUUUUCCCUUUCAGUAUAUCAAGAGCUAUGAUCAAUAUUUCAACUUUGUGUACGAACGUUUACCAGCUAUGGAAAAAAAAGGUCUUGAUGGUUCGACAAUCAAGCUAUCAGAUCGUACGUGUUGUUUUAAGGACCUCUCUGGUAAUUUUAUUAGUGACCUUGACGAUCAUAUUGCUCGAGUCCAUUUGAGAAUGGAUCCUUCAGAGUUUCAACAAUUAAAUAUUUGUCAAUGUAGAGGAUGCUAUCAAGAACUCAAAAUCUACAUCACCAAAUCAUCUAAUAAUUCUGGCUACAGAUUUAUGGGAAAAUGUCAUUGUGAAAACUCCGAACCCAAGGAACUUCUCAAAAUGGAGAAACCUUGGACAGAAGCUACUUUACGCGAAAUUUGUGACAAAUUUUUGGAUUUCAAGCGAACUUUAAAUCCUUCAUUGACAAGUUCUUCUCAUGGGAACAAUUCGAUGAAACAAUCGAAGGAAUCUCAAGUUUCUUCUAAUCUUAAAUCAGCUCAUUAUGACCCCCCUGUCUAUCGGUACCAUAAAAUCGUUGAAACUGAAAAUGAUGGAUUUUUUGAACAUUAUUGUGUAUUUUUAAUGCGUUUAUUGUUCAUAAUCAUGAUUAUCUGUAUAGCCAUCGUUUUAUUUGCCAAAACAACUCUUUAUAAGCUUUACUAA